CCUUCCUCAGAGAAGCACACUCUCUCUUUCUCUCUCUCUCUAGAAGAAUGGCUCCUACCUACACCAGAGACUCUGCCAACACCAUGCUCUCUACUAAAGACAAACAUAAACUAAGGAAACCAGUUGUGGAGAAGAUGCGUAGAGACCGCAUCAACACCUGCAUAGAGCAGCUCAAGACCCUGCUGGAGAGGGAGUUCCACAAACAGGACCCCAAUGCCAAGCUGGAGAAGGCUGACAUCCUGGAGAUGACGGUGGGGUUCCUGAAGCAGCAACUGCAGCCUCAGAGCCCAGUCCGUCAGAGGGCUCACAGUGAGGGCCACUCCCAGUGUUGGAGGGAGACACUACACUUCCUGUCUUCCAGCUCCAUGAAGGACAUGACGCUCCUGAACCUCCAGAGAGCUGGCCAGGACAUCUGUCCCUCCUCUCCACUCUCCUCCCAACACCAAAACCACAGCCAAGGUUCAGUGAAGCAGGCCACCAGUGGCCACGAACCAGUCUGGAGGCCUUGGUAGAACCAUAGCAUAGAGACUCUCUAUGUCACAAACUGGAUGGGUGUUUACCAUCUUUUAUGCUGUAGGAAAUCUCUAUUUCCGAUUGUACUAUCUGCUUAGGUCCUUUAUGAAGGAUAGCAAACGUCAUAUGACAAGCGUUAUUGUUUGUUGUCUCCUGUAUGGAGCUGUCUGUAAAAUAGACUACUAUGAAUCUGCUUUGUGAAUAGACGUAGGCAAUACUUUUUCUGUCAUCUAAACUUUCUGCCAUCUGGCAUAUGACUCCUAUGGAGUCGACUCAAAUAUUGAUGAUGAAUAUAUAAUCAAUUGUAUUCAAAAUGCAAAAUAUUUAUUGGAGAUUAAUUAUCACGUUUAAGUGUUAUUAAAAGUGAAAUCCUUUUGUAAAGGAACAGAUUGCACAUGAUGAGUCAUCAUGCAUACCGAAACAUUUUUGUUUAGAAUUUCUACAGUGAAUGUGUGAAGACUUUGUAUUUUGACAUUGUUGACAUGUAACCUAAACUGGGUGCACAAGUGGAUAUCAUACCAAAAUAAACAAUGAUAUUGACAAUG